AUGGAGAGGACGCUGACGGCGCAGCCGGGACUCUUCCUCCAGAGCCAGCCGGGCGGCGGGCCCAAGGUGGCCAAGGCGCCUUUCUCCUCCAGCCUGGGCGGCCUGGUCCGCAGCAUCACCGCCCUCACCUCCAAGCACGAAGAAGAGAAAUUAAUCCAGCAGGAACUGAGUAGUUUGAAGGCAACCGUUUCUGCUCCUACUACGACACUGAAAAUGAUGAAGGAAUGUAUGCUGUUAGGAGAGUAUUCUUACCUCUUAGAUACAGAAAAGCCAGAGGACGUUAUAAAGAGGCUCUGUAAGUUACUUAUGAGUGACUCCAUUUCUUCAGAAACGAAAGCCUGGUUGAUUGCUGCAGUGACCAAGCUGACAGCUCAAGCACAGGCUUCUGAUACAGUGGAGAGAAUAAUGCAGGAGUUUACCAUAUCCUUGGAUACCUGCAUGAGACAGCACACAUUUGAAUUAAAGCAUUUGCGUGAGAAUGUAGAAGUUAUGAAGAGCUUGCUUCCAGUCAAUAAGAGCUGCGAAGACGUGGUGGUACAUGCUUCCUUAUCUUUUCUGGAUGAUUAUGUGGCUGAAGGACUCAGCCAGGGGGCAGAACCUUACAAACCUCACCACCAACGCCAGGAGGAAAAGCUUUCUCAGGAAAAAGUUCUCAACUUUGAGCCAUAUGGACUCUCCUUCUCUUCAUCUGGUUUCACUGGACCACAGUCUCCUGCUGGCAUUUCUCUUGGUUCAGAUAUAUCUGGAAAUAGUGCCGAGGCUGGGCUGAAAGAGACAAAUAACUUGAAGCUGGAUGGUGUGAAGAAGCUAUGGGGGAAAGAGGGCUAUCUGCCCCAGAAGGAGAGCGCAGCCCGGGAUGGAGCCGAAGCUCCGCCCCUUCCUCCAGAGGUCUGGGCUGCGGAGAACAUAGACAAGGCUGCAGCAAAAAGGUCUCAAGCUCAGGUCCUCGCCCCGUCUAAAGAAGAGAAGGAGAAGCAGCUGUUGGCAUCAUCGUUGUUUGUUGGGCUAGGAUCAGAAAGUAUCAUCAAUUUGCUAGGAAAACCAGACUUCAUCUCUCACAAGUUCAGAAGAAAAUCAAAAGUCAAGGCGGCCAAAAGUGGAGAAGCAGCCAGUACCCAUAAUCUGACUUGUUCUUCUCUUAAUUCUCUGUCACAAGCGGCCUAUGAAGAAAAUGAUUAUUUGACUGCUUUGCGGGAUGGAGAAGACGUAGAAUCAAAGGACCUCCCCCUCGGCCCAGAACUUUCGGAUUCAGAGUCUCUCUCAGAACUGCCUUUGGCUGAGAAAGUCUCCGAUUGCAGCCUGUCUGCACCUUCUUUGUUUGCUGAUAGCGACAUGGAAAUUUUUCAGCCCCCUUCAUUUGCUGUAGCUUCAUUGACCAGGGACAUCACCUCAGCCUCUUGUCUUUUGGAAGAAACUACUGGGGACAUGUGUUCAGGUCGCAUGGAGGUCUGUAGUGACGAAACUGUGUCUGUGUCUUCCUACAAACUCUGGAAAGACGAUUGUUUGCUGAUGGUCUGGUCAGUCACUAGUAAGAGUGGUUCCCAGUUGAAAGGUGCUGACUUAGACAUUUUUCCUGCACAAAAUUUCAAGAUCAGUGAGCAGUCUGGAUGCUGUUUGCCUGUAAUGGAAGCAGGAAGCACCAAAAAUUUUCAGUAUAGCCUGCAGAUGGAAAAGCCUUUUACAGAAGAGAAUCUCUCUGGUUUUGUCAAUUAUCAAAUGGUGGAUACUCAUUCUGUUCAGCUGGAAUUUUCUGUAAACUUAUCACUAUUAGAUUUCAUUAGGCCAUUAAAGAUCUCAACUGAAGACUUUGGUAAACUGUGGUUAUCCUUUGUGAAUGAUGUGAAGCAAAAUAUAAAAAUAUCAGAACCUCAAGCUGCUCUGCCUUCUGCCCUAAAAACGCUGCAGCAGAAACUGAGGCUUCAUGUUGUUGGCAUCCAAAGAAGUGAAGGGCUGUUGGCCUGUUGGCUGCUCCCAUCCACCUCCAGCCUGCUGCAUUACCGAGUUCAUGCUGAUGGAUUACCACUGUGGUUCAGGUCCUUCUGCCCUGCUCUUCCAGACUAUUUAUCGUAUCAGUGUCAAAAGGUGAUGAUGCUGGCUUUUCAGCCGCCUCCACUCCUGCUUGUCCCCAGGGUCCCCUCACCUGCUGCUGCUCUGACAGUGGAGAGGUCAGGCUCUCACUCUGCAGCGGGCACAGAGCAGCCUGUGGUGCAGACAGUGCCCGGUGCUUCCGUGUAUCCAGGGUCACUAAGGCGGGGUCAGGUUAGCAUAAUGGGGUCAGAUGCUCACAAUGUGUGGCAGCUGCCUGGAGGGGUCACGGCGUGUUCACGAGUGGCAGCAGUAACUGUCGUGAGACGUGCCUGGAGCACACAGCUGUCUAGUGGCAGGAGAUGUGCAUUGGUAUCAGGUCCAGGGCUGGGGGCACAAUUUUGGGUCAGCCACCGAGAACAUGACAUCGCUUUUGUUCUUUCUGAACCCACUAAUCAAAAGUAG